AAUCCCUAUUUACAAGGCUAUUUGAAAUUCAAAAAUACAACAGAAAAAUCAAACUUUGAUGUACACGGAAAGAAAUAUUUGACUUGAUCACGAACUCUUGAAACCGCACACAGACUAUGACUUGGUCUAACAAGAACAACAUCUUUUCAACUUUUCGCAUUUUCUUGGGUCACCGAAAUUUCCUUGAAGAAGGUGUGAAACCCAUAAAGCAUAAUUUCCUUUUUUCGCUUUUGCCCCUUUGCAUUGAGUCAUUGACUUGGUAUCGAUCAGACCAUUUAUCGGUGAUCCAGUUUGUAGAUCUACUUGUGUUCUUGCAUUCCUCUUAGUCCGAGCUGCUCGAUCAUCGCUGACCCGGUGCGAUCGAUUAAUGGCUUCUUCUUCUUCUUCUUCUGGCCUUCGUUGGAAAUACGAUGUGUUCAUCAAUUUCAGAGGGGAAGACACUCGCAGGGGCUUCGUCAGCCAUCUAUACAGAGCUCUGCGUCAGAAACCACUCAACACCUUCAUUGAUACCGAAGAACUCAGAAAAGGCGACCGCCUUUCCGAGCUCCUGACAGCGAUUCGAGAGUCAAGGCUUUCAAUUGUAGUUUUCUCUCAAAACUAUGCUUCUUCCACUUGGUGCUUGAAGGAACUCGUCGAAAUUUUGGAAUACAACGAUAACAAGAACCAAAUUGUGGUCCCCAUUUUCUACGAAGUCGAUCCAUCCGAUAUUCGUAAACUCAAAGGAAGUUUCGCUGAAGCUUUUGAUCGGCAUGAAGGCCAUUCUAACGCCAACAUGGAGGAGGUGCGGAGCUGGAGGUCCGCCCUUACUCGAGCCACCAAUUUAUCCGGCUGGGAUUCGCGAAACUAUGAGGAUGAUGCAAAGCUUAUUGAGGAAAUUGUAGAAGAUGUUUAUAGGAAAUUGAUCCUCAUCUCAUCAACUUCAAGCAAAGAUAAUCCUUUGAUUGAAAUGGAUUCUCACAUGCAUGAAAUGCAUUUAUUAUUACAUCCUCCUGGAGUUGAAACGAAUAAUGUUCGUGUUGUUGGAAUAUGGGGUAUGGGUGGUUUAGGCAAAACAACCAUCGCUAGAGCUGUUUAUGAUGAAAUCGCUUGUCAGUUUGAAGCUUGUUGCUUUCUUGAAAAUGUCAAGGAAGGUUUCAAGAAGCAUGGCCAACUAGAUGUGCAAACACAACUUCUAUCUAGUAUCUCGAGCAACAAGGUAGGGAGUUCGGACAUAUCAAAUAAAGGUUUCCAGGUGAUGUCAAAAAGCCUUGGUCAAAGAAAAGUUCUUGUUGUUGUUGACGAUGUGGACAAAUUAGCUCAAAUUGAAGCCUUACUCGGAAAACGGCAUUCUUUUGGUGAUGGAAGUAGAAUCAUUAUAACAACUAGGGAUGUACAAUUACUAAGUGGAGCUGAUGCGAUAUAUAGGCCCAAGAUUUUUAGUGAUCGUGGAGCUCUGGAACUCUUUAGGCAGUACGCCUUUAGAACAAACCAACCCACCAGAGAUUAUGAUGAUCUUUCGAGGCUUUUCACACAAUAUGCUCAAGGUCUGCCUUUAGUACUCUCAGUCUUGGGAGCUUUUCUUGAUAACAAAACUGUACACGAGUGGGAAGAUGUGUUAGAAAAAAUAAGAAAAAUCCCGCAAAGGGGAAUUUAUGAUGUGCUUAAAACAAGCUUCGAGACUUGUGCACUUGAUGACACAGAGAAGGACAUCUUUCUAGAUAUUGCAUGUUUCUUUAAAGGGAUGAAGAAAGACUAUGCAACCGAAAUUCUGGACGGUUGUGGUUUCCAUCCUCAUACAAGAAUAAGGGUUCUAAUCGAUCAAGCACUCAUAACUGUCUCAGGGGAGGGGGAACUGGCGAUGCAUGAUUCACUAGAGGAAAUGGGCCGAGAAAUCGUCCGCCAAGAAUCUAUCAGAGAGCCUGGGAGACGAAGUAGAUUGUGGAGCUAUGAAGAUGUUCAUCAUGUGCUAACUCAAAAUUCGGCUACAAAAGCAGUUGAAGGCAUAAUCCUGGAUUUGUCGUGCUCAGAUUGGGUAUGCUUAAAUGCUGAAGCUUUUGUUAGUAUGACUCAACUAAGACUUCUCAAGAUCAGUCACUCCAUUUGUGAACAUGAUUACUGCAAACACCACCUGAUUGGGCACUUCAAGUUACUUGAGUUGAGGUAUCUCUCCUGGCUUGGAUGCCCUCUUAAGUCUUUGCAAUCUACCUUUCAAUUCAAAAAUCUUGUUGCACUUGAUAUGCAAUAUAGUCUCAUUGACCGACUUUGGGAAGGAACCCAGAAGCUAGAAAAGUUGAAGUUCAUCGAUUUAAGUUAUUGUCAAUACCUUAAGGAAACCCCUGACUUCACAGAGAUGCCCAAUCUUGAGAACCUAAUUCUUCGAGAUUGUAUAAGUUUAGUUGAGGUUCACCUGUCUAUUUCAACCCUUACAAAACUUGUGUUAUUGAAUCUUUUUGGGUGCAAAAAACUUAAGAUUCUAGCCAACAUCAUGCGUAUGAAAUCUCUCAAAACCCUUGAUCUGUCUGGCUGCUCGAGUCUUGAGAUGUUUCCAGAGAUUUCAGAAGUUAUGGAGAAACUAUCAUGGCUUAGUUUGUCCGGGUCAAAAAUUAAAGAAUUGCCCUCGUCAAUUAAUAAUCUCACGGGGUUGAGUGAUUUGGCCGUAGUAGAUUGCAAGGAACUUAAGAGUCUUCCAAGCAACAUUCAUAUGAAAUGUCUCAAAACCCUUAAUCUUUAUGGCUGCUUGAGUCUUGAGAUACUUCUAGAGAUUUCAGAAGUUAUGGAGGAACUAUCAUUGCUUGAUUUGUCCAGAUCAAAAAUUAAAGAACUGCCUUCGUCAAUUAAUAAUCUCACGGGGUUGAGUGAUUUGGUCUUAAUAGAUUGCAAGGAACUUAAGAGUCUUCCAAGCAGCAUUCGUAUGAAAUCUCUCAAAACCCUUAAUCUGUCUGGCUGCUCGAGUCUUGAGAUGUUUCCAGAGAUUUCAGAAGUUGUGGAGAAACUAUCAUGGCUUAAUUUGUCCGAGUCAAAAAUUAAAGAACUGCCCUCGUCAAUUAGUAAUCUCACGGGGUUGAAUCAUUUGGUCCUAGUAGAUUGCAAGGAGCUUCAGAGUCUUCCAAGCAGCAUUCGUAUGAAAUCUCUCAACACCCUUAAUCUUUCUGGCUGCUCGAGUCUUGAGAUGUUUCCAGAGAUUUCAGAAGUUGUGGAGAAACUAUCAUGGCUUAAUUUGUCUGAGUCAAAAAUUAAAGAACUGCCCUCAUCAGUUAGUAAUCUCACGGGGUUGAAUCAUUUGGUCCUAGUAGAUUGCAAGGAGCUUCAGAGUCUUCCAAGCAGCAUUCGUAUGAAAUCUCUCAACACCCUUAAUCUUUCUGGUUGCUUGAGUCUUGAGAUAUUCCCAGAGAUUUCAGAAGUUAUGGAGGAACUAUCAUGGCUUGAUUUGUCCAGGUCAAAAAUUAAAGAACUGCCCUCGUCAAUUAAUAAUCUCACGGGGUUGAAUCAUUUGGUUCUAGUAGAUUGCAAGGAACUUAAGAGUCUUCCAAGCAGCAUUCGUAUGAAAUCUCUCAAUACCCUUAAUCUUUCUGGCUGCUCGAGUCUUGAGAUGUUUCCAGAGAUUUCAGAAGUUAUGGAGAAACUAUCAUGGCUUAAUUUGUCCGGGUCAAAAAUUAAAGAACUGCCCUCGUCAAUUAAUAAUCUCACGGGGUUGAAUCAUUUGGUCCUAGUAGAUUGCAAGGAACUUAAGAGUCUUCCAAGCAGCAUUUGUAUGAAAUCUCUCAAAACCCUUAAUCUUUCCGGCUACUUGAGUCUUGAGAUAUUUCCAGAGAUUUCAGAAGUUAUGGAGGAACUAUCAUGGCUUGAUUUGUCCAGGUAAAAAAUUAAAGAACUGCCCUCGUCAAUUAGUAAUCUCACGGGGUUGAAUCAUUUGGUCCUAGUAGAUGGCAAGGAACUUAAGAGUCUUCCAAGCAGCAUUCGUAUGAAAUCUCUCAAUACCCUUAAUCUUUCUGGCUGCUCGAGUCUUGAGAUGUUUCCAGAGAUUUCAGAAGUUAUGGAGAAACUAUCAUGGCUUAAUUUGUCCGGGUCAAAAAUUAAAGAACUGCCCUCGUCAAUUAAUAAUCUCACGGGGUUGAAUCAUUUGGUCCUAGUAGAUUGCAAGGAACUUAAGAGUCUUCCAAGCAGCAUUUGUAUGAAAUCUCUCAACACCCUUAAUCUUUCCGGUUGCUUGAGUCUUGAGAUAUUCCCAGAGAUUUCAGAAGUUAUGGAGGAACUAUCAUGGCUUGAUUUGUCCAGGUCAAAAAUUAAAGAACUGCCCUCGUCAAUUAAUAAUCUCACGGGGUUGAAUCAUUUGGUCCUAGUAGAUGGCAAGGAACUUAACAGUCUUCCAAGCAGCAUUCGUAUGAAAUCUCUCAAUACCCUUAAUCUUUCUGGCUGCUCGAGUCUUGAGAUGUUUCCAGAGAUUUCAGAAGUUAUGGAGAAACUAUCAUGGCUUAAUUUGUCCGGGUCAAAAAUUAAAGAACUGCCCUCGUCAAUUAAUAAUCUCACGGGGUUGAAUCAUUUGGUCCUAGUAGAUUGCAAGGAACUUAAGAGUCUUCCAAGCAGCAUUUGUAUGAAAUCUCUCAAAACCCUUAAUCUUUCCGGCUGCUUGAGUCUUGAGAUAUUUCCAGAGAUUUCAGAAGUUAUGGAGGAACUAUCAUGGCUUGAUUUGUCCAGGUAAAAAAUUAAAGAAUUGCCCUCGUCAAUUAGUAAUCUCACAGGGUUGAGUGAUUUGGUCCUAGUAGAUUGCAAGGAACUUAAGAGUCUUCCAAGCAGCAUUGGGUUUUGGGUAAAACCCAAAACAGAGCCGUUGUGAAAGUUUGACGCGUGUACAACCCCCAAUUUCCAAGUAAUCAAAAUUCAAACCCAAUUUGUUAUUCGGAAUUAAAUUUCAGAAUUGGGAGAUUAUAUUACCUGAAAAAAGAAAUAAUUUUCAGGGGUUUUGGGUACACUGUGCUGAUAAACACAUGGAUACGAAGCUCUGUUUUGAAGCAAUCAGUCGGUCACUACGCCACAUGCGGCGGCCUUCAAUUGCUUAUUGUGAUUAUGUCGCGAGGGAGAGAAACUGUGAAGCUAUUGCUAUCUAUGUCAAUUCCCGUUGCUAACUUGCCAAUGCCACCGGUGCUCCUCCAAUUUUGGGGAAAGGAACUUCGGAUUGCAGCGUUGUUGCCGGGAAGAUUGUGAUUUGUGACAGUGGUAUUAGGCCCAGAGUGCAGGAGGGACAUGAGGUGAAAGAUGCAGGAGCCAUUGGUAUGAUUUUGGCAAACACAACUGCUAAUGCUGAACAAAUGUCUCUAUUUUGACUCUUCAUACAACUGUCACUAAUGUUGGCUCUGCGGUUUCGAAUUACCACUCCAUAGUUUCGCAGUUCAAAGUUGCUUAUGUGAAAGUCGAGCCUCAGACGUUUAACUUCACCAGAGUAAACCAGAAGCUAUCUUGUAAGAUCACCUUACCAUGAAAUCCCAGCAGGCGGUUCCGGAAUUCGAAGGGUUGGUGUGUGGAAGGAUGGAGUGCAAAGGUCCUUGCAGUACAUGAGGCUAGUCAAUCAUCGUUUACAUAGUACUUUCUGCGAUCGAUCCCGUGCAUGUUAAUGGCUGCUGCUGCUGCUUUUUCUUCUUCGUCUUCAUCCGACAGUCAUUGAAAUACGAUGUCUUCCUGAAUUUAAGAGGACUCGAGGCUGCUGCUUCUUCGUCGGCCAUCUCAAGUCUCAACAAAGCUCUGGAUCAGAAAGCAGUCAACACCUUCAUCGACGCCAAAGAGCUUCAAAAGGCAACGACCUUUAGGAGCUCCUGGUAGCUAUUUGCGACUCAGGCUUUCGAUCCCGAAAACCAUGCUUCUUCGACGUGGUGCUUGAAAGAACUUGUCCAGAUAAUGGAAUGCAUGGAUGCACACAAGCAGAUAGUGGUUCCUGUUUUAUACGGAGUCGAUCCAUCUGAUAUUCGAAAACAGGAAGUUUUGCAGAAGCUUUUGCUAAACGUGAACGUCAUUAUAACGCUGGCGUGAAGGAGGUGCAGGGCUGGAUGUCCGCUAUUGUUAGAGCCAUCAUUUAUUCGGUUGGGAUUUGCAAAAUUACAAGGAUGAUGCCAAUUUGAAGCUUUGACUCUUUUGUGAUGAAAUCGCUUGUCAAUUUGAAGCUUGCUGCUUUCUCUAAAAUGUCAAGGAAGGCUUCUCGGAUAAUGGUGAUGUACAUCUCUUCAGAUAACCACUCCUUUGCUAGGCAGCGUUUGGAAUGGCCGAGAGCGGACCUUUUUGGGAGCGAUGACCCCAACAGUUUGGAAGAUAUGUUGAGAAAAGGUUUUAGCACCGGUAUAUCCAUGCAGGAACUGCUUCUUUCUAGAAUCUUGAAGGGAAAAUGCGGAGUUUUCAUUGAUCUUGAUGAUGUUGAAAAAUUAUCCCAAAUUGAGGCCUAACUUGGAAAGCAGCAUUCAUUUGGUGGUGGAAAUCAGGUCAUUGUUGUUGAAUUUGUGGCCGAAUUACAUUGGGCCUUUGCGUUUGAUAAGCCCAGUGGCCCAAAAUUAGUCAGGUGUUUAAUGGCCCAUGUGAAAGCCCACAAUUGGGGCAUGUGAUUAACUUUGUGCUUUGUAUAGAGAGGAAAUUAAUAAUUGUAUUUCCUUCUCUAUUUGUUUCUUUGGUGUGUGAGAGUUAUUGGGUGUAUUGGGGUUUUGGAAUGUGAGAUUGCUGAACAUUUUGUAACACUUCCAUUUCCAUUUGGUUGAUAGUGGAUUAUUGGUGAGCUCCUAUAGCUCCGAGGACGUACUCCAGUUACACUGACUGUUGAGGAACCUCGUUAAAUCCUGGUGUCUUUUCAAUUUUAUUCUUGCAUUUUAUUUGGUAUAAUUCCUACGAGUUAGCUUGAGUUGGUUUCCAAUUGGUUUGAUCUAUUCUUGCACAACAGUUAUAACAACUAGAAAUAUGCAAUUACUAAGUGGAGUUGAUGCUAUAAUUGUAUAUAAGCCCAAGAACUUAAGUGAGUCAGAAGCUCUUGAACUCUUCAAGCAGUAUGCCUUCAGAA